AUGGAGCUGAAGAACAAUUCUAUGCUAAAUGAAUUUGUUUUGUUAGGACUCACCAAUUCUUGGGAGCUUGAAAUUUUCUUUUUUGUGAUCUUCCUCCUCGCCUACGUAUCAAUCUUGGCGGGAAACUGUCUCAUUAUACUUAUGGUGACUCUUGAUUCCCGCUUGCGCUCAAUCCCCAUGUAUUUCCUCCUUGCCAACCUCUCCUUUCUUGAUAUAAUUCUUUCUACUGUAACUCUCCCUAAGAUGAUCAUAGACUUUUUCAGGGAGAGGAAAACUAUCACUUUGUGGGGCUGUAUGGCACAAAUAUUUCUGGCUCACCUCUUAGGAGGCAGUGAGAUGAUCCUUCUCAUAGUGAUGGCUGUUGACAGAUAUGUUGCAAUAUGUAAGCCCCUCUACUAUACUACUAUCAUGAACCAUCAAAUUCUGGUAGGAAGUGUGCUGCUGUCAUGGACAGUUGGCUUUGUGCACACUAUGAGCCAAAUGGCCUUUAUGGUGAAUCUGCCCUUCUGUGGCCCUAAUGUGAUUGAUGAUGUUUUUUGUGACCUUCCUCUGGUGUUGAAACUUGCCUGCACUGACACUUAUGUCCUGGAACUGCUUGUUGUUGCUUUCAGUGGGCUGCUUUCCCUCAUUUCCUUCAUUCUUUUGCUUGUCUCCUAUGCUGUUAUAUUAGUUACUGUCUGGCAUUGCUCCUCUGGCGGACUCUCUAAAGCUCUGUCUACACUGUCUGCUCAUAUCACAGUGGUAACGCUUUUCUUUGGGUCACUAAUCUUAAUCUAUGCUUGGCCAGUUAGUGGUUAUUCAUUAGACAAAUUUCUUUCAGUGUUUUACUCAGUUAUCACUCCUCUCCUGAAUCCAAUUAUCUAUAGCUUGAGGAAUCAGGAGAUGAAAGCAGCUAUGAUUCGAUUUAGAAAUAGGCACAUCUGCUCCAAGCCAAAUUUCUAA